UGAAUCCUGUGAUUCCGGUUCCGGGUGAUCGGAAAUAUCGGAAUCCGAAAAACAGGUGUAAUCUGUAAAUGGAAUUUGUAAUUUUUAUUUGGGUUUGAUAGUUGAGUGGAUUUCCUAUCUUGUUCUCAUGAUAACAUGAAAUGAAGCUUUUAUAAUUAUAUGAAGAGGACUGACAAAAUGUAGUUUAUAUAUUGUUUAUCAGCUGGAUAUGUCGAAACUUUUUUCCUUGGGUGUUAUAGUUGCCGUAUCAGGCAUAUUGAUAAUAUACCCAAUUUCGCUUAUUUCUAUUCUUAUAUUAAUUGCUACAGUAUCAACGGUUGCCUUUACUGCAUUUACUGUAAUAUGGGUCCAUCUUGCUCUGAGCUCAACACACAAAACAAUUGUAGGCCCGGAAAGUCUGUUCAAAAAUAUGGAGCAGCAUCGCAACAGAAUAAUGCAUUCAUAUGAAUAUGACUUAAGACAUAAGCCAAGCAUCACAUAUGUAUCGAUUGCUGGUAAAACUGUUGACAGUUUGCUUAAACAACUUUUGGACUUCUUUGUUAGGGAUUUCAUAUUAUAUUUUGUGGAUAACCAUGCCUAUGAUGCUGAAUCCAUAUGUGAAAAUAUCAAGGAGGAUUUAUGGAGUGGGGCAAAAACUCUCCAGGAAAGACUAUCUAGGGUUGAUCACAUAAAACUGAUUGCGUGCGACAUUGUAACAAAGAUCACUUUACAUUUCGAAAAGAUAAGGGAGGCCAAAACAUUAGCUUUGGAAAACAGGAAACUUCCAGUUUUUGCUCUUUCUAACCAUGUGAUAUCAUUUUCCAAUGAAGUGGAAUUCCUAAGGAACCUGAGCGAACUCCUGAUUAUGUUUCUCCUCCCAAGAAGUUAUUUUUUAUCACCCUCCAAAUAUCUCAUCAGAGAGUGCCUGGUCUUCAAAUUGUUUUUACCACUCAUCAAUGAAAUAACCGAUCCUGACUUCAUAAAUAGAAAUAUCAUCGUGUACAUCGAGAGCCGAAAAAUAUCAUCUAAUGUUUAUGUAAAAGCAUUUGAAAGUGCCAGAACAUUCGAAGACUUUUUGAAAAUUAUCAGAAAAACAGAUAACAUGGAUGCAUUGGUGUCUAUAAGGUAUAAUAUAGUGAAUAGGAUAAUGCAGGCAACUACAUUGCAAAAUCUGAAUCGAACUAAAGGAAUUGAUUUGGACAAUGAAAAGGCAAGUCUUUCAAUUGCAGGGAUCAGUAAAGCUGAUCUGAUGGCAGCAAAAAAAUUGAAGAAAUAUAUUAACCAACUAACUUAUGCCAAGAAAGAAUGUGAAAGACAGCUCAGUGAUAUUGGUGAAGGUAGCCAAUAUCAAUUCACAGAUGAAAAAGAAAAAGUUAUGCCUCUCAAGAAUAUUCUGGAGCAUAUAAUAGGAAGAAAAUUCUUAUCUCAAUUUCUAGAAACCUUAGCAAGUCACGAUUUAAUUCGGUUCUGGUCCGCCGUGGAAGAAUUGAGGACGGCGCCAAGAAAAAACUGGCAUCAACUCGGUGCAGAAAUUUUUUACACAUUCAUCAGAAAUUCUACCGGCGAAAUAAAGGUCGACAAAAGCGUUAAGAAGAGGAUGGAAGGAUUCUUAUUGGGUGAUAGGGGUCCAGAAGUGUUUUAUUUGGUACAAGAUAUGGUGGUGCAAACUAUUGAAGAUAAAUACUACCAACCAUUUCUAAUUAGCGAUUACUACAAAGAAAUGAUAAGAGCUCUGGAGAAAGAGGAUAAGGCAGAGUCUGAUUCUAUUGGUUCUUGGGAAGAGAGACAGUCAAUAGAUUCCAUAACAUCCGACACUGGCUCUAAUGUUGGUGAACAUAAUAUUUAUGCGAAGAGAAAACUUGACCAGCUGCAGGAAAAGUGUAACAAUAAAGUUCAGGCACUUCAAGCAUUACGUACCACCUUGAGGCCCGAUUCGAAGGUUCUGGGCAUCUUAGAAAAAGAAGUUGAGUGGCUUCAAGGAGAAAAGCGGCAGUUGGAGGCCCACAUAAACAGAACAGAAAUAUGGGGUGAAAAUUUGGGCAAAUGGAGAGCAGUCGUUCAAAGUGUUGAGGUUCCUGAUGAAAAAGAGCCACCACAAUUUGUCAUGGUGGUCCAUAUGCUCGCAAAUGAUACUAUGGAAGGAGAGGAGAGUAUAAGUACUGGAUGGGUAGUAUGUAGGAGCCUGUACCAAUUCCAGGAAUUGCACAGGAAGUUACGAACCAUGUGUUCAGAAAUAAGAAGCUUAGAACUACCAUCCAAUACUUUCAAGUUUUUGUUUGGGAAAACUGAUAAGGCAUCACUUGAGAAGGCGAAACAACAAAUUCAAAAAUAUCUCGAGUUCAUACUCCAAGACGAUAAGUUAAACCAAAGCGAAGCCAUUUAUUCCUUUUUGAGUCCAAGUUCCGACCAUUUGAAACAUACAAGUUCCAGUCCAAAGAAAACUAGAUUCUCAUUUUCAACACUUUUCAAGAGCAACACAGAACAAAGCAGAGACCGCAAUACAUUCCUCAGGGAAAGCGAUGAAGAAGACAUAUCCCAGUGUUUGGAAAUAUUGGGAAGUACCGACACUGCCGACUCGUUGAAAUCAAAUGGAAGUCAAAAAAUUUAUGACGAAGCCAAAGACACAAUAGCAGAGCCCCUCUACUCGUUAAUGAGUGAGAUAUUCGACAUGAGGGGAGUUUUCAAAUAUUUGAGGAAAACGCUGAUAGCUUUCGUUCAAGUAAGCUAUGGUCGUAGCAUCAAUCGUCAAAUCCGUGAUACAAUCGAUUGGUUCCUCUCGGAACAAAUGUUACAUUACUAUGUCACGCUUGUGCUGAAGAAUUUCUGGCCUGGUGGCACUCUGACCGACCCGUCACCAGUGAGAAGUAAACAAGAAAUUGCAGAAACUACGAAGAAAGCCAAAGAGUUGUUCAUGAACAACAUACCAGAAUUACUCACUACCCUGGUCGGGAGUACGGCCGCUAAAAAUGGGGCGAACAAAAUAUUCUUCGUCCUACAAGAUAAGAAAAUGAACAAACAAAUUUUUUAUGUUGGAUAAAAAAACUGCAACAGAACGCAUAAGAGAGAAAGCUCAAAUCGGUCAGUUCGAGAGAGCUGGACAGGCCGACAAAGGUUAUCCUUGCAACAGCACGCAACGCUAACAGCAAAAAAUAUCAAGAAUUGUUACUCUUCGAUUAAAAAUAAUUGUAUCUAUGCCUCAUGAAUGGACAUGACUAGGAGGGUCUUCUCACUCUUGAUAGCUGUCGGUUCCGGUAUGUGGACUGCCUGUGGGAUAUGUUUUGUUUUUCUAUUUAUUGUGAAUUGUCGAUAUGAAAAAGCCACACAGAUCAAGAAGAUCUGUAAAAUAGGCGCAUUCAGAGAUUUAAAUUCAUCCUCAGGACAUCUAGUGGGGAUAUUUACAAAAGCCGUAAAUAAUAAUAAUUUAUUGAUACCUUCUGCUUUCAUACAUGGGAUGAGGCAGAAAAAGGAUAAAAUUUUACUCGGCACUUAUACAAUCAUUCAACAUUCAAGUAAUUAUUAACAUCUGUUCAACAUUUAACGUUUUCCUUAAAUUUGUUGUAAUAAAGAGAUCUUAGGCUCAUA